GAUCUGGUGGAAGAAAGUCAGGCAGACACACGCAGACACCAGGCACGCACUACUGGGAUACCAGAACUCCUAGCUGGCUCUCUGCUGCCACGGCUCCACCAAAAGGUGGGGAGGAAGAGAGGAGUGCCCCAGAGUCCAGAGGAGAGGCAGGUGUGUGCAGUUUCCUCCCUGCAGGUACAUCACCUGAAUUAUGAGGGCAUCCUUCUUCUGGCUCCUCCCACUUCUCCUCAUCUUGGCCUCAGUGGCCCAAGGCCAACCAAGACCAAAACCUGGGAUCAGGCGGAAACCCAAGCCAAGGCCCACACCCAGCUUUCCUCAGCCCCAUGAGCCGGCAGAGCCUACAGACCUACCUCCACCCCUACCUCCCGGCCCUCCAUCUGUCUUCCCUGACUGUCCUAGAGAAUGCUACUGCCCUGCUGACUUCCCAUCAGCCCUCUACUGUGACAGCCGAAACCUUCGCAAGGUCCCUGUCAUCCCGCCGCGCAUCCAUUACCUUUACCUGCAGAACAACUUCAUCACCGAGCUCCCUCUGGAGUCUUUCAAGAAUGCCACAGGCCUGAGGUGGAUCAACCUGGACAACAACCGCAUCCGCAAGGUGGACCAGAGGGUGCUGGAGAAGCUCCCCAGCCUGGCGUUCCUCUACAUGGAGAAGAACCAGCUGGAGGAGGUGCCGGCAGCUCUGCCCAAGAACCUGGAACAGCUGAGGCUGAGCCAGAACCACAUCUCCAGGAUUCCACCGGGCGUGUUCAGCAAGCUCGAGAACCUGCUGCUCCUGGAUCUGCAGCACAAUCGGCUGAGUGACGGCGUCUUCAGGGCCGACACCUUCCAGGGCCUCAAGAGCCUCAUGCAGCUCAACCUGGCCCACAACAUCCUGAGAAAGAUGCCACCCAAGGUCCCCCCGGCCAUCCACCAGCUCUACCUGGACAGCAACAAGAUCGAGACCAUCCCUAAUGGCUACUUCAAGGGCUUCCCCAACCUCGCCUUCAUCCGCAUGAACUACAACAAGCUGUCAGACCGAGGGCUCCCCAAGAACUCCUUCAACAUCUCCAACCUGCUGGUGCUCCACCUGUCGCACAACAAGAUCAGCAAUGUGCCGGCCAUCAGCAACAAGCUGGAGCACCUGUACCUCAACAACAACAGCAUUGAGAAAAUCAACGGGACCCAGAUUUGCCCCAACAACCUAGUGGCUUUCCAUGACUUCUCCUCGGAUCUGGAAAACGUGCCGCACCUGCGCUACCUGCGGCUGGAUGGGAAUUUCCUGAAGCCACCCAUACCGCUGGACCUUAUGAUGUGUUUCCGCCUCCUCCAGUCUGUGGUCAUCUAGGCUGUGCCCAGAGCUGGACUCCCUCUGACAGCACUUGAAGGCCGGUGGCCCGUGCUCUGGUGUCCACCAUUUUUCUCUGUCUCCCUCUUGCUCCCAGCCCUGACUCUCUUCCCACCCCUUUCUGAGGACGGGAAAUGCCAUGUGCCCCGCUCCAGCUCUAAGCCAGAUUCCCCGCCGAGUCCAAAGACAGCCUGACAGCCGAAACCUCUGGUCUUCUUUGGUCUCCCUUUGCUUCAGAAACAUAGGCGUAUGCCAACAGACGCAUCCCCUCCCUCCCUGGGUAAGGCCAUGGACUGAUACCUUUUCUUAGUCUUAGUCAAGCAAGAAUCGGAAGCCAUCCCAGAGGUGCACACUGGAAAGUUCUGCUGAGAGCUCCUCCACCUUGGCCAUCUCUGCCCAGGUCUCCUGGGCCAAGAUCCCUUCUUCUAAAGCUAUCGCUCUGCCUCCCUGUUUCCUGACACCAGACAUCACCCGUCUCUCGGCUGCCUCGCAGUGUCCAGGAAGGAAGUGUGUGGGAGUGACUGAGGCGGUCAUGGCUCCUCACACACUUCUCCCCAUCAGCCCUUCCUCCUCUCCUCUCCUUUCUCCUUCGGGUCAAGCACAGCACACACCCUCUUGGCUUUGCCUCAGAGAGGAACAGCCAGGGAGAAGAGUGGUUCAAGGAACUAGAAUUUAGCUAAUGGGUGGUGGCUAGGAGUCAGAGUCCCAGAAUGGGCCUGUGUGGAUGUAGAUGAGUCCUACAGUUUCCCUGACCCAAACUUGACAAGAGACCCAAAGCCCUGGAGGACAGUGCUCACAAGGGAAGGCCAAGAGGCAGCAUCCCAGACUCUCUCUAUUAUGUGUGUGACCCAGCCCCUGCCCCAAAGGCAGUUCCUAAGAAACAGGGAAAAGGAGGGUGGAGCACCUGGAAAUCUCCCAGAAGCCUCUUUCACACUGGGGAUUAGCCUCCGCCUCUAAAGCAGACUCAUCGGUGACAUCUGGUGGCUGGUGAAGGCCACAGCCGACUCCACUCUCCUUGCAAACGGCUUCCUUGGGGGAAGAGGCCAGCCGUGCAUGACUGACUGUGUGUCUGUCUCCUUACCGGUGUAAAGGCAAGGGCAGAGGUGGGGGAUCAUUCCCAUCAUGAGUGAGUGUGAAUGGGGAAGCUUUGGGAGUCGAAGGGAAGCUAGUUUGACCUCAGCCUUGUCAGGUCUCUAGCUCUCAGCCUCAGGCGGUAGGUGGGAUGUUCCCCCAAGUUCCCUCAGAGCUGUGUUGCAUGCCUGUGCAUGUUCUUCCAGAGCACACCUAACGCAGGACAAGUGGUGUCACCUGCCCCCCUGCAGUAAUUUAUUCCCUGGGCAAGUGCCCCUCCCCCAAAGGCUUCCCUGCCCUCCCUUCCCAGCCCAGCCCAGCAACUUGGCAGGUUUCCAAGAGCCUGGGCUUCUGGCCUUUUCAUUCUCUUCACCUCCCUCUUAGGAGGCUGCCCCUACCCCACCACAGUUUCCCAAGUAUAUGAUGGAAAGGACUGUGGGGAGAUGAAUGUUCUAGAAGUGAGUGAAGCACAGAGCCCCACCCCCUCAUUAGGAUGGGGAAGGCUCUGGAGGCUUUUGCAUCGCCCCAGGAAUAGUGUCACACAACUGUUUUUAAGACAUUGGAUUAUGCUGGGCCUGAUAGUCCAGAAAUCCCAUUUAUAUUCUUGAUCACAUUUCUCAUCUGCUCAUGAUUGAAAAUAGAGCUCACUUCACACAACUUCUUUUCCCCUUGCCAUGAAAUUUCCUUUCUUCCUAAUUGCAGCUGGUUUCUCCAAGGCUCCUGCUUAAGUCAAUACAGUAUUACAGCUGAAGCAACCUGGUGCUAUGGCCUGGACAAGCCCCUUCUGCAUCUAUGCACAACCUGCAGCCCCUUUGUUGGGGACCUUCAGGAGCUCCUGGCUGCUAGGUGGGCACUGAUCCUGCAUACCUGAACUAGCAGUCACACCAUCAGCAUCUCAUUAUCCCACCUAGAACAUGCCAGCUUGCCCUACUGGUCUCUGCAGCUGUCGGCUAGAAGGGCUAGAGUUAAACUGACUUUACAGGCGACAGACAGAUGCACACAUACAUAUACUGUGUGUGUGUGCACACGCGCAUGCGCGCUCACACGAGUGCGUGCACGCACAUACAUGCUAGUUACCUUUGGGUUUAGAAAGCCCCUUCUCACACAAGCUCAUUUGCUCGGGACCAUUGGAAUCUAUACAUGCAGAUGCAUGCGUAGGUGUGUGUAUGUGUAUGUGCUCUGUACAUAUUAUCUAUUUUCUUAAAGACCAUGCUAACUCUGAUACAGCUUUCACAUUUCAACAAGCUUCAUAACAGAGGAAAUAAAGUCAUAUGGAAAAUA